AUGGAUAGCAACUCGCCUAGGGUUUGUCUGACCUGCUUUGCCGGCAUGCUCACGCUGUUGCAACUUCGAUGUGAAUAUGAGACACCCAUUGGACCAGUGCGCGACGAUGCAGCGAGCCGGCUGAUUUGGUCUCUAGCUACGAAGUAUUCGCACCUAGUAUCCGGGAUUCGCACAACGUACGCUCUAAUGCAGUCUGAUGAUGAAUUCAUAGCCACUUACUUUUCCACUGUUCAUAAGUGGCUCCCAAUUAUUGACAGGGAUUCCCUAAAGGACUGUGCCGGCGUGCAAGCUCCUGAUCCCAACCAUCUCUUGCUGCUUAUGAGCAUGCGCUUAAUUUUACAGCGCCCUGACAGCCAACCCGAGCACGGCAUGAUGGACAAUGAACGAUAUCGCGCCACAAAACAAUUUUAUCUUAACAUGUUUAUGGAUAUAGGCUGUACUCCCUCAACCAAGUUGCUCCAGAGCGGCGUCCUUCUAGCCACUUAUGAAUAUGGACAUGGAAUGGUUGGUGCGGCCUGCCAUACGCUUAGUUUAUGUAUCUCUGCAAGCAUGGCUAUGAGUCUGCACCGGUCUAGAGCACCGUCAAGUCUACCUCCAGAUCUUUCAAUAGAAUGGUGUCAGCAGGAUGAGAUAUGUCGUGUCUGGUGGGCGAUAGUGAUAAGCGACAGGUUGUUUUCUUUAUCUUAUCCCCCAGGAACGCGUCUACCUUUGACAACGGUGGCAAAUGAGGAAGACUUCCUUAAAGAUUUGGGAGCUCCUGACGAGAGUAACAUCUUACAGGAAAAGGGCGUCUGUUUCUCAGGCAACUUUUAUCGUCAGGUGCAGGCCGCCAUAUUAACUGGACGAGUACUAUAUUCACUCCACGACACUGAAGUCUUUUCAGACUCAAGUCAGGCUCGGUUCAAAUUCCUAGAUUACCAGAUUCGAAAAGCCAUUCAGUUCGCCCUUGAAAAGGAAACCGCACAGAUAGACUCCAUUUCAGAGGCCCUUGCGCUCAACAGAAGGUAA